AUGUAUGAUCAUAAAUCUGGUACUCUACUGUGUAGACAUAUUUUACUUCCAUGUGCAAUUCGACUGUUCAUCUCUGAACAGAAAAACAGAAAAACUUAUUUUCGUAACGAAUACGUAAGAACUCGUUCACUUCUAUCAAUGGGUCGAAAAUCAAUCUCUUCCUAUCCAAUUCGUACACAAAGUUUUCUAAUAAAAUCUUUAAGGUUGCAAAAUUCACAUCACACAGAGUAA